AUGGAGCUCAGAGAGAGGAAUACAGGAUCUACUCUAAAAGAAAAGUUAAAGACACAUUAUCACAAUCGUAAUUUUCAAACAGAUGAAAAAGAUGCAAGUAGAUAUGGACAGAUGUUCUUCUGGGGGAUGGUCGUUUCCUUGUUUUUCGAAAGUCAAUUUUUUCUCGUGCCAAUGUUGUACUGGGGAGACGUGUGGUCAACGGUAAUAGCCUCAGCCCUGGUUUGGUUUACACUAUUUGAGUGUUCCAUCAAUUGGAUGGGUACCUUUUUUGGCCAAAAUAACUUCGUGACGAGCGAAAUCAAAGAGGAAACGUUUCCUGGGGUAUCAGAGACCCCGCCCGGCUGGAUCAACUGUCUCAAAUGUCAGGUUGAUGCUCCUCCUAGAUCCCAUCACUGCCGCCUAUGUAACCGUUGUGUACUCAAGAGAGAUCAUCAUUGUUUCUUCACCAACUCUUGUGUUGGUUUUUACAAUCAGCGUUUCUUCGUCAUGUUUUGUGCAUACAUGGUGUGGGGCAACCUGUAUGCCCUGUUUCUACAACUGUCCUAUACCACACAAACCAUUCCAGUAUUCUCCUGGGAUGGAUUAGCAUACAUUCCUAUGAUAGGUUUCGCAUAUAUGUUAAUGGGACACAUUUCCUUUUUCAAUUUGUUACUUAUUGUUCAUGUUUUCUUUUGCUUCAUGUGUCUGUGUGGCGGCAUAUUUUUCCUGGGUUGGCAGAUCAUAUUGGCUUGUGCUGGUUUGACAUCUUAUGAAGCUUGGAAAGGAAUUCCUUGGUACAGAAGGACGUCUCUAGAGAAUGUUCGCUCAGUAUUUGGAUCCAUUUGGAAAAUCCCCUUUCAACUACUUUUUCCAUUCCGUGUUGACCAGUGUGGAAAUGGUGUGGAGUGGAAAAUUCAUUCAAAGACUGUUAAAUAUCAAUGAACAACUCUGUAAAACUGAUUUUAAAAUUCUAUGCAAUACUCAUUCUGUCUAAUUAAUUAUAGUUGAUAGAUUACUGUAAAUACAGACUUUAUUUAUUAUAAGACACUUAUCAUACAGAACUUUGAGAACAAAACCCUAUGAGCUAAUGAAUAACAGGACAGUGCCAUGCAUUUGCCAGCAGCAUGCACAAUACUUGGAAUGCUUGACUUCCUGUAAAUGAGUUCCACGGUUAAGAUGAUCAGAAAUCCAUAUCAUUUAUUUGUUUGUAUAUAUGUGAUGUAAGAGUUGGUUCUUAGUGUUUCCGUUCAGAAAUUGAAGGAACAUAUAUUUAUAUAACCUGUUUUUGUCUUUUACCCUCACAUUUCACAAAAAAUUGUGUUAAAACAUGUUAUUUCAAUAACUAUUUUCUUGCAU